GCUGCUCUCUGGCGCUUAUAGCUGGUCCAGUGUUGGAGGUGAGAGGCAGCCAUGUCUAAUAAAGGCCAAGAUAUCGAUUUAACAAGAGCCAAACAAAAUACCGGCGUGUGGCUGGUAAAGGUUCCCAAGUAUCUGUCUCAGCAAUGGGGGAAAGCAAGCGGACGAGGAGAAGUUGGCAAACUUAAAAUAGCUAAGAACCAAGGAAAAACAGUGGUAUCGUUCAAUCUGAAUGAGGAGCUGACCUUGGUUGAGAGUUCUGGGGAGAAGGCCUCAUCAGUGCGAGCCCCCCGAGAACAUCCCUUCACCAUGCAGUCUGUGGGGGGCCAGGUUUUGGCAGUCUUUACUGAGAGCUCCUCAAAUCAGAUCGCAGUUGAAGGCAUGGUGGUACAACGUGCUGAGUGCCGGCCAGCAGUCCAGGAGAGCUAUGUGAAAGUGAAGAAACUGCAGAUUGAAGAAUCAACCAAGCCUGUGCGACUGUCUCAGUGUCUGGAGAAAGCAGUUACCACCAAUUACAAACCUGUAUCCAACCACUCUUACAAUUUGGAAUAUGAAAAGAAAAAGAAAGAACAAGGGAAGAGAGCCAGGGCUGACAGAGAGAAGGUUCUGGAAAUGCUCUUUUCUGCUUUUGAGAAGCAUCAGUACUACAACAUUAAGAACUUGGUGGAGAUCACUAAGCAGCCUGUGAUCUACCUGAAAGAAAUUCUACGUGAGAUUGGAGUUUAUAAUCCCAAAGGGCCUCACAAAAGCACCUGGGAGCUUAAACCGGAAUACCGCCAUUACAAGGAAGGAGAGGAGGAAGAGGAGGGAAGUGUGGAUUAAUGUGGUUAAACUUCAGGGGCACACUAAUGAAAUUCUAUAAUUUAAUUGUUGUUUGACAGUACCUUCAUACAUGGUGCUUGUUUUGCCUAAAGCUUAGUAGAAGCCAAAAUAAAUAUUUCUUUAAUAAGC